AAACAAAAGUCUUCAGUCGUGUGCGAUAGACUUCGAGCGGCGCCUGGAUCUCGCCAACUCGGCACCGACGACGGCGAUCCAUCGGCAAGAGACUCUGGAGCUGCGAGCGCUGACCCAUGGUUUCCCGUGUCAAACGCCAACACCUUGCGCGCUUCGGAUGCCACAAGGUUCGUAUGUUCAGGCAGCACGCAGCAGGCGCGUCUUGCCCUGCUCAAGAAGAUUUUCAAACCAGCCGCCCACUUGCAGAAAGGCUCUGUCGAGUACGAAAGGCUGGCGCGCUCCGGACGGGUAUGGGAAGAUUACUUUAUGCCCGGCAACAGCCUCAAGAUGGGCCUGCGUGGUGGUCUUGAACAAGUUUGCCUUGCCUCCACGCCCAGCAGCGAGCUUGCCAGACUUGUGACGGCGUGGACUGCUCCAAGAGGCGCAGGCGUCAUCGAGUCAGCCACGCAUGAGCUGCAGAACCACAUCAUCGCAUCGCAAUGGGUCGCAGAGAACGCGGCGGCCAAGGUUGGUAUAGCAGGACUGUGCGAAGUUGAAGUACGAGUCCUCGCCGUGGUGUCCGUCGUCAAUACAGACUCCGAGUCGGCCUAUGACACCUGGAGAACAGACUCGAAAAAGGCUGGCGGCAACUUGGUAUGGGGAUCGAAAGUCCCGCUGGGAGAGUACCGUGAUCUACCCAUCAGCGUACGCAGCAAUCGUCUUCGAAUCUUUCCGUACCCGCAAGAGGUCCCGGCUUGCAUGGAGAGGUUCUUCCAAUGGCGGAACCUGCAGCAUCGAGAGAAGGCGCUGCACCCGCUGAUUCUGGCUUGUCAGAUGACGGCUUACUAUAUUCUCGUUCAUCCGUUUCCCGAUGGCAACGGGCGUACCAGUCGCAUGGUUAAGCAGGAUUACCUGGCGCGUCAGGGCUACAGUCCCGUCGUCACCCGGGACUUGAAGCGGGAAGACUACCUGCGGAUGAUCGACGGCGCCGGCCAAGGCAAACCGGAGGAAUUCGUCAUAGCGGUGCUUGAGGCUCAACUGGCCGUGUUGCACCAGGCUUCCACGCGCCUCAAGAUGUAG